AUGGAUGCUAUUCCAGACGGCGAGGCUAUAUCACCUGACCCAAUCGACUCGAUACUAUGGACGCACAUCUUGAUCCAGUCCUUGGCAUGGGGCAUCAUCUUCCCCACUGGUAUGGUGUUGGGGAUAAUACGAUCUAAAUGGCACGUCCCUGUCCAAUCCAUAGGAACCGUCCUCGCAAUCAUCGGCUACUUCCUCGGCCACAGGCAUAAAGGCAGACAGUUCACCGAGAACAUCCAUGCCCAGUUCGUACCAGUCAUCAUGCUCAUGUUGGUAUCCCAAGUCGCCAUGGGCAUCUACCUGAAGCUACAUCUUGAAAAGGGCAUAAACGGAAAGAUACGGCAUGUGGUGGUAAAGGCGCACGGCGUUGUCGGAAAGGCUAUGCCUGUAGUGACCUGGGUGCAAUUCCUCUUUGGAGGCAUCACUGCACUCGGCUUCUGCAGAGCGGACCACACCGGACAAUGUUUGGCACACUUCAUCAUGGGAAGCGCUUUCAUCGCAUACGGCAUAAUCCUCCUGAUCCUGCUUCUGGUCGGACAAAUGUGGCUGCGGAGGACUGGAAGGAGUCAGGAGUUUUUCGAUUCCCUCGUCAUUGCUGCGUGGGGCUGCGUCAACACAUUCACGGAACACCGCUGGGGAGGACCAUGGGUGCACAACGACCUUCAACACACGUCUAUGGGCAUCGUCUGGUGGGCUGCGGGACUAGUCGGUGUCUGGCUGAGCCGAAAGCGCAAUGGACAACCGAAGCGAAACCUCAUUCCUGGUAUAAUCAUCCUGAUGACAGGCUGGGCUAUGUCCGCACAUCCGCAACACCUCCCGAUUUCGACUAUGAUCCAUACCAUCUUUGGCUAUACCCUCAUGGCUGCAGGUGCCGCGCGCAUCAUUGAAAUCUCAUUCGUGCUCAAGGACCGAGCUUCCGUUGCGACUGACGGCUCAGACCCGAACAGCUUUCAAUACUUGACACCGUUCUUGCUGAUGGCUGGAGGUUUCAUGUUUAUGGGUGCUACCGAGGAGCAGAUGAAGCUGCUUUCUGAUGCGAACGUCACGCAUGUGUCCUACGUCCUGAUUCUAUACAGCAUCGCUUUCCUGUUAUUCCUAUUCGUCAACAUGCUUAUUCAUCUUUACGCCGUAUACGCUUGGGGCCAAGAUGACAAGGCUGAUGCCGAAGCACCACUCGCGAACGGCCACGCGAACGGACAUAUCAAUGGCUACACCAGGGUCGAUCGUAGAGUGAGAGAUGCUGAGGAAUUCGAGCUGGAAGGUCUCGACUCCGAUGACGAGGAAGAUGACUCGCCGCGUAUGAAUAAGGAGCAUACGUCUCUGGCUGCGCAGCAUUGA